CGGACGUUCGAAAUACAAACUGUGUUAGUGGCCAGUGCGUGUAGUGAUUGAGAUAAUCAAUAAAUCGAGUGAUGGAAUCGGAAAUAAACAAGAUGCAGACUAAGAUACCGCCCAAGAAUUUUUCGAUCGAAUCGAUUGUCGGACUCAACGACCGUCGUUCACCAGAAAUCGAUAUUGAGAAUACGAUUGGAGAUUUUAAUAACGAUCACUCUGAAGAUGAAGAUUUAAAACUGAGGGAGGGGAAAAUGGGUUACUAUUUCCAACAAAAUCGAGUACCAAAUUUCCCGUUUUUCAUGUCGUAUGACAAGAGAGUUAUCGGUACUGGUUAUCCAGAAGGUCAAGGAGGUGAGGACUUGAAGAGGGCGAGUCCUGGAAGUGUGAGGAGCGAAGUUGAUAGCGACGGCGCUGAUGAUCGGCAGCAUGAAUCUUUGAGCCCGCAAUCGGAACCGAUGAACACAAGCAAUUCAGCCCCAGAUCCAAAUAUUAGGAGAUAUCGCACAGCAUUCACGAGGGAACAGCUAGCGCGACUCGAAAAGGAAUUCAUGAAGGAGAACUACGUCUCCAGACCGAGGCGAUGUGAAUUGGCCGCGCAGUUGCAGUUACCCGAGUCCACCAUUAAGGUAUGGUUCCAAAACCGUAGGAUGAAAGACAAGAGGCAGCGUAUAGCAGUAGCGUGGCCUUACGCUGCUGUUUACAGCGACCCAGCAUUCGCAGCAUCUAUACUCCAAGCUGCUGCAUCAUCGGUGGGAUUACCCUAUGGUUAUCCGUCCCCGGCACUCCUCCCACCCUUCCACAACCCACAGCUGUUACCGUCAGGGUACCCCUACCCGUACCCACCUUACCCAAGAUAUCCCUAUAUUCCCCCAACUCCUCCAUCCCCGGUUAAUACUGAAUCAAACCUCCGGCCAUCAUACCAGAACUUUAAUAUUAAUGUCGACAAAUAAGGUUUUAUAUAAGCUAAAAUUAUUUUUUAAGAAUUGAUUAAAAUAUACAAAAUAAAUUAGGAAAGCUAUAAAAAACUCACAAACAGAAAUUACGAAGUUAAUUUCACUUUUACGCUCAACAUGUUUGAAU